UUUUUUGGUCAUCGCAACAAAAACCAGUCGGACACACUCCAGGGCACUUUUUAUUUCCAACAGCACAUCUCUGACACUUGACAGCCAUGGAAAAGAUUUGCUUCAUGUCAUGCCUCUUUCUUAGUUUGGCUGUUGUUGUACUGCCUCUUAAAUACAGCAAAAUCCGAGUUCACACCAUGCCAGUUUUGGGAGUGUUUGAAGUCGCAUUCAUGCCUGUUCCAAAUACGAUGUCCUAUGGCUUUAAUGCAUCUCAAGCCAGGGAAGUGUGCGAGUCUCUUAAUGUUACCAUAGCUUCAAAGAAACAAGUCCAAAAGGCACACCGAAGCGGCCUGCAGACAUGCAGGUUUGGAUGGACAGAUGAACAAAUUGCAGUGAUACCUCGAAUCAACCCAAGCACAGCAUGUGGUCAGAACCGCACUGGACUUAUCAUUUGGCGAGCAUCUGUUACCACACUCUUUGACGUCUUUUGCUUCAAUUCAACAGCCUUAGAGAUACAUUUGGAUGCCACCACAAGCGUAGAACAAGCACCUGGAACAUCCUCAUCCUCUCCCUCAACACCCUUCGUACGACUCCCCCAAUCAACACAUUGGACUCCGUUUAUCUCUCCAUCUCUCUCUCCCUCCAUGCCGCCUGCCCGUCCCCACCAGCCUGUUCGCCCUCAGCCCAUGAGCAGCACAGAGUCUUCCUUUGGAGUGGUUCCAGCUGCGGUUAUCAUAACUGCUGUCACAGUGCUUCUACUGAUUGCGUUUGCAGCACUUUGGCGCUACAGAAAAUCCAAAAACAGCAUCCCACUCUGGAAACGGGAAUCGAGGAAAGACUGUACUGAGACAGAGGUGUGGAAAAGCACUGAGAAGAAGAUGAACCAGGCAGAGUCUGAGGAAGAGAGGGACAGGAAGAAUUCCAACGUCAGCCCAAGUGUGGAUCCUGAGACACAGACAGAGUCUGUAUAAGAAGCAGCUUCAUAUGAAUUAUAAUGCAUAAAGCAUUGCAAUUAUUUAAAUCAAUGUAAAAUUGUUUAAUAAUGAUGAUGAUAUUAAUAUCGAUACUAUUAUUAGAAUUCCAUUUAGCAAAUGGCAAUUAUCAAGCACAAACUAGUAGUGUUUUAGUCUAUCCCGUAAGCUUUGUAGCAAUGCAGUAAAAAUUCAGUACAUUUUUUGUAAUUUUAUAAAACAUGUUUUAAAUGUAAUAAUAUGUAUUUGAACACUCUGAAUUGUAAAUAUUCUAUGAAGUAGCCCCUACCUGUUGUUAUAAUAGUGCUUUUCACACCAACACAGUGGGCCGGUUCACACUUUCGUAUUUCUCAUUAAACAGCAGGGUGACUUCAUCCUUCACUAGCAUGAUAUUACACAAUUGUUAGUCUGCAGGAGUGACAACACACAAGAUAAACAACUCAUAAAUGAA